AUGUCCUCAACUUCUGGUAACAAGAACAUUACUAUCACCAAGAGGAAUGCCCAAUCAGUCUUCGAUGGGAUGUCUCUCGACAGGGACCUCCCACAGGACACGAAGAACGUGAUCAAGUACGCAAUGCUAAAAUCGGAUCCUCUUGUUAUGCCCCACCAUUUUAACAAGAUCAUCGCCAAGGAGGUAGUAGGGCGACACUGCGAAGAGAAGCCCCCUGUCGGGAUUUUCUCCCCUCUGAUUGAGACCUCGAUCAAAGCUGGACGAUUGUAUCGAAAUGGCGACCAGCAGGCGAGAAGCUGCCUGACGACAGAAGCGUCAGAGAUCUAUCCCAUGUGCCAACGCUUGCCGGAAGAGCUCGUCUCCACAUUGGUCGGCGAGGAUCAUUACGACGCUCUCAUUAAGCACUCGAAGGAGCUCGCAGAGGAUCGCUCCAAAGGUCCGAACAAGCGAAAGGCAAAGUGA